AUGUCCAGCGAAACGAAUGGCGGAGGCCUGCCACUAGCGCAGGCGCUACAUCAUCCUCCAUAUGAGGACCCAGAUCAAGUCAACCAUCGACCUUUUGAGUUCCCGAAACAUGCCCGCCCUCGUGGACCUAACCAGCAUCGCCAAAACGUACUGGCCACAGAACGGAAGAAAACUCACUCCCGCGUGCGACGGGAGGCCUUUACGGCGACUGUUCAUCCUUCCAAGCAACCAAGAUUGUCCACGAUACCCAAGGCUUCCAAGGAAGACUCGGAAAUGGACACAACCGAGCCCCAGACGUUCAAUACGCAGGCCUAUCCGGAACCUGCACAACCACCAAUCAACCCGCCACCAGCACCACGCCAGGGCAAACCUUCGCGGAUACGGUUCGCCUCCAAAGCAAGAGGCACCCACCCCCUAGACAUCGCGAUACCCCCACAUACCCAGGGCUUACCCAGGCGCACACGGAGUGCAAAGCACCCAGUGCAGCCUGGCCAACCAACAUGCGGGCUCCUAGCACCCGAGAAUUGGAAAUCCGGGAUGCUGUUCUUGCCGGCUCCCUACCCCUCGACACCCCUUCAAAAUUCCUCAAGCAAAUUCUGA